AACCUUUUGAUCAUUAUCUUUUCUUAUCUACCUAGCUUAUGGUGAUUCCUGCUAGCGUGGAAACUCGGGGUUAUUUGGUGUUUCCGGCUGCUUGGGAGACCGUCGACUGGACGGUGUUGCAAUGGGGACCCUCGUAUCCAGCUCAUCGUGUCCUACAUGUAGCAGUUGGAAGCAGUGUCACCAGUAUGUGCUGUGGCCAUGUGCUUAGGCUUAGCGCAGAUGCCUGCGCUUGCUGGCCCACCCCAGCUUUCCAUCCCCCUCAAUGUCUUCUCUAUUAUGUCCAUUGUACUUCCUGCAGAACGAGCGUACUGUUUGGCUGGGACGCCAGGCAUGACUUUCUGUAUUCGUGCUUGGGUUCGCUCUGCAUGCCGCUGAUGGCAGGAGUUCCUGAAUCCGUCCGUUCUUGGGUUCGCUCUGUAGUCCGCUGUUGGCAUGAAUUUCUGUGCCACUUCUUGGGUUCGCUCUGCACUUCCGCGGUGAGCCAGAAUUUAUGAAUAUAUUCCUGGGUUCGCUCUGCACUCCGCUGUUGCAUGGAUCCCUGCUUCGAAACUUGGGUUCGCUCUGCACGUCCGCCGAUGGCCAGAAUUUCUGACUCCAAUCUUGGGUUCGCUCUGCACUCCGCUGUCUCGAUGCCUGAUAUCCAUCAUAGUGCAGUCAAUUGCUUCCUCCUCGUCAAGGUUCGGUAGCCAGGAAACCAGGAGGAGCGGAAGCGAAGGGAGCUGGGGCGCCGGGGAAAUGG